AUGGAGGACACUUCGGGUCACGAGUUUCCAUUCUUGGAGGAGGUGUUCACCCCCCAAGGACCUCCCAAGAUUGACUUCGUCUUUGUGCAUGGCCUCAACCCGCGGGGACGCGCCGACCAUCCCUACGAGACAUGGACCCAUCAGAAUGGGACCUUCUGGCCCCGGGACUAUCUUCCGCAGGAUAUCCCCCAGGCGCGGGUCUUCGUGUAUGGGUACAACUCCAACAUCACCAACCCGCAGAGCAUGUCCACCGCCAGUGUGAAGGACCAUGCAAAUACGCUGCUGAACCUGCUGGAUCUCGAGCGCAACCCACAGAUGAAUGUGCGGCCACCCAAGAUCAUUUUCGUCGGCCACAGCCUGGGAGGCUUGGUCAUCAAACAGGCUUUGUUGAACGCCCACGAGGAUCCCAAAUACAACGCUAUCCGCAACAACACCUACGGCCUGGUCUUCUUUGGCUGUCCGCACCGAGGCACCAAGGGCGUCGAGCUGGGCAAGAUCGCGGCCAAGGUGGCGCGCUUCGUGGCCAACGGUCACGCGAGUAACGAUUUGCUGGAUAGUCUAGAACAUAACUCGCUCUUUACACGACAAAUGACGAGUCGUUUCUCGCACCAGUUGGAGGAUUAUCGCGUGAUCAGUUUUGUCGAGGGAAAAGAGGUCCUGUUGGGAGGCGUUGGGCCGGCCUCUGUCAGCCAUUUGGUCGUGGACGAGGAGUCGGCCGUGCUGGGGCUUCCCGGACAACGCGAGACCCGGCUAAAGCUAGACGCCGACCAUUCGCAGAUGUGCAAGGUUGGGGCCCGCGGCGCCAUGUACAAGAUGAUCAAAGGCAACAUCAAACAGAUCGCCGACCAGGUGCUGGUCGUGGAACAGAGAUACAUCCCCCAGCCCUCGACGACCUCGACCGCGCCGCACCCAGCGCCUCCCGUUCCUUCUCGCCUCCCAUUGAAUAGCAGCAUGCCCUACCCCUCACCACAGAGCCCACCACCGGUCCCUAAACGUGUUGUCGGCGCAUUGUUCACCGCAGUGGACAACGACCCACGGUCCAUCCAGGCGGCGGAGCACAAGAAUCACUGGCGCUGGGAUGAAGCUCGCAAGCUCGAAUACGCGAUCUUCCAGGAACAUCUCCGCGUCCUGGGCGCCGACCACCACAGCACCCUGGAGGUCGGCUACCAUCUCGCUGAAAUCGACCUCGAAUCGUCCUACUACACCAAAGCCGCCGAGUGGGCGCAGUGGGUCUCCAGCAACGCGCAACGGGUGUUUGGUUUGAAGCACCCGCUCGCCAUGAGGGCCGAGAGCCUGAUGGGCGAGAUCCUCGCCAACCAGGGCAGAGGCCAGGAGGCCGAGUCGGUCUGUGCCAACGUCCUAGCGCGCCAGCAAAUGACCAUCGGCGAGGAUGCCCUCGAGACGCUGCGCACGCGUCGCCGCCUCGCGAUCGCGUACGGGGUGCUCGAACGCCGACAGGAGGCGGUGCAGGCGGCGGAGAGAGUCACCGACCGGUUGAGGGAGAUUUUAGGCCCCACGCACAUCCGCACUUUCGCCUCGGUGCUCGACACGGCGGAGCAGAUGGUCGCGCUGCGCAGUAACAACACCACGGAGUUGAUCACGAUGCGCUUCAACCCGGCCGUGGACCAGAUGGUGCAGGUCUUUGCGGCGGUCUCGCGCGAGAUGACCGAGCUGCUGGGCCCGCGCCACCCGCUCACCAUCAAGAGCGUGCGUCUCCUGGGCGCCAGCCAGAUGCUCGAGCCCGAGGGCACCAGCGCGGCGUCCGAGACCUUCCGUCGCGCCCUCGCCGCGGCGGAGGAGUACUUAGGUCACGAGCACCCGGAGACACUCGCGGUUGUCGCGCUGAUGGGCGUCAUGUACGCCUCGCAGGGCCGCAUCGGCGUCGGCACGUUCGUCGGCGCCCACCGCUCGCACAUCGAGCUCGCCACCCCCUGGCUGCUGCGGUAUCUGGCCUGGUGCGAGGUCCGCAUGGGCGCUGAUAACGUCGAGGCCCAGUCCGUGCUGGAUCUGUUGGCCAAGCUGUACUUCGAGGCCCAGGACUACGUCCAGGCCCAGGGGUACUAUGAACGGUUAGAGGCUUCGUAUCGUCUGGCUGACAAGCCGAUGCCCGAGGCGGCGGCGAAUUGGUUGCGGCUGUGUCGGAUGAACACGCGGUAUCUCAUGCCGAAGAAGCAGCCGGGAUUGCAGAGCUUGUUGCAGCCGUUUCAGCGGAUGUAGUCGACGGAUGCAGGUGAAACGAUGAUGGAGUGAUGGUUUGCUUUUGGUCUGUAGGGUGCUACAUAUCUGCUGCAUGUAUGUCGGUGCCCUUGCAGUCACAUUACGAGACGGACAAGCUUUUGUCGGGUUCGAUGGUACCUGGCGUUCCAGUUGCUCAAGUCUGGUCUACGAGGAUCCCCUCGGAUCCAGCUUUCCGGGGACCGUGGGACAAUGAGACGAUUCUACUAUAGUACCACGGGGAAGGGUUGCUUGAAUCUCUUCCUCAAGUUUGCGGUUGCUAAAUGCUUAUCGGGAAUCUCGUGGGGAUGGGCUGUUCCUGGCCGCGGG